CUUGAGCUAGCCGUUCCGAACUCGAGUUACCGAGUGUCGGUCCUUAAAAUAACAUCGACUUGCUGGUGCCGGAGGGUCAAGAGCUGCGUCUCAUCGUGUCUAGACUUGCCAUUCACCUCAAUCAACAUCAUAAGCGACAUUCAUUGCUUCAACCAAAUUUUUAAUCAAUUCAAGAGUGAUAGGCUACGGCUUACACAAUCCCAAGGCGUAGCAUUGCAUCCGACGAUCUAUCCAUCAUGGCGGCAAGGUCCUCUUCAAUUGUCCGCCGGGCGUUGCUUUAUGUGCCCUCAUCAUCGGAAAAGAUGCUGACCAAGUCGCUGGGCCUCAAGUCCGACAACGUGACAUAUGAUCUUGAGGACUCUGUGACUCCCUCAUUGAAGUCAGAGGCUCGAGGGCAGCUCCGGUCUUUCCUCUCCAAGCAUAAGUCGCGGCCGUCUUCUAUAGCCGAAUUGGCGGUUCGAAUCAACGCAGUGGAGACCAAGUUUGCUCUGGACGACUUGACAUCUCUAGGCUCGCUCCCAAACAUCGAUGCUGUCGUUGUUCCCAAGGUCAACUCCGCUGCCGAUUUGACUUACGUUACCGAUGUUUUGCGUCAUGUAGCCCCCGAACGACACACGGCGACAUCACAAAAUCCUAUCAAAAUCAUUGCCUUGAUCGAGUCUGCACGUUCAGUUAUGAACCUUUCAGAAAUCUGCAAAGCCUCGCCGUACCUUAGCGGUCUCAUCUUUGCGGCCGAAGACUUUGCCUUGGAUUUGUCGUUGACUAGAACGCCAUCCCUCACCGAAUUCCUCUACGCACGCUCCGCCAUUGUAACUGCUGCCAAGGCCGCCGGCUUACCUAGUGCGAUCGACCUUGUCUGCACCUCCUACAAGGGAGAAGAAGGCCUCAAGCGACUGGAAGAGGAGUCUACCGGAGGAAAGUCCAUGGGUUUCAAUGGAAAGCAGUGUAUACAUCCAAACCAGGUGGAACUUGUCCAGAAACUGUUUGCCCCUGGCGAAAAGGAGGUCGAGUGGGCAGUGCGUGUUGCAAUCGCAGACGAAAAAGCUAGCAACGCGGGCCGUGGAGCCUGGACGUUGGACGGUAUGAUGAUUGACGCACCGGUGACCGGAAAGGCAAAAGCGAUAAUUGCGAAAGCAGAAAGAUGUGAUAUAGACGUGGCAAGCCUCCGAACGAAAUGGAAGGACCAGCAGCCUGAGUAGACCACGUCGCUAAUGAAAGUAAUUUGGCC